AUAGCGCCAGGCGGGGCGCGGCCAGAACAGCACUGGAAGUUCAGCGACGACCUUGCGACUUCCAGCGGGGGCUUCUUGCCUCAGUUCAAUCCUUCGGACCUGAUGUACUUGAGCGUGGCGUGCUCACACACCGUGGCGGGCGCCAGGUGCGUCGAGCUCGGCGCGCUCGGCAUGGGCGAGAAGUUCAACGACGAUUCUGGGCGCAUUUCUCGCGCAAGGGUGCUGGCCAAGUGCUCUUCCUACGAGCAGGUGGACGUGGAGAUGCCCGAGCUGGCGCGGUUCCUGCAAGAGGCCGACAACGCCAACAGUGGCGCGAGCCGCCGGCAGACGAAGAUGCAGACCCUUCUGCAAAUACAUAAGAUCGCGAAGCAGAACAUCAUGACCUUCGGAGAUGCCAAGUGGGAGUCCAUCCAAUUUCAGAUCGAGAGGACGCGGCCCCACCUCAGCGGACAGGUAGCGGAUGUGAGCAAGUACGUGGAGCUGUACUCUGGAGGCGACAGUGGGUCGCUCUUGGACGAGCUUCGGGACUACGGCAAAACCGUGGGCGACCGCAGGAGGGACGUGCACGGCCCCUUCUUCGGCAUGCUCGCGAGGGCCGGCUUCUUGCAGGGCCCCGAGUACAUCACCGCAUGCGUCAAAGCAUGCCUCGUCGCCCCCGACCAGUACUGCCGCGAUGGAGUGGCCAAGUUGCUCAACAGCACGGACAUGUCGGCCAUCAAGGGCUCCAAGAAUUCAGAG